UAGGUCAUGUCUGGAAGAGGUAAACAAGGCGGCAAGACUCGUGCUAAGGCAAAGACUCGCUCAUCUCGGGCCGGGCUGCAGUUUCCAGUCGGCCGUGUUCACAGGCUCUUGAGGAAGGGCAAUUAUGCCGAGCGGGUGGGAGCCGGAGCUCCGGUCUAUCUCGCCGCAGUGCUCGAGUACCUGACCGCUGAGAUCCUGGAGUUGGCCGGCAACGCUGCCCGGGAUAACAAGAAGACCCGCAUCAUCCCCAGGCACCUGCAGCUCGCUGUGCGCAACGAUGAGGAGCUCAACAAACUGCUCGGAGGAGUCACUAUCGCUCAGGGCGGGGUCCUGCCCAAUAUCCAGUCCGUGCUGCUGCCCAAGAAAACCGAGAGCUCCAAGCCGGCCAAGAGCAAGUGAAGUGCCCGCUCCCAGCGCCCCCAUUAGGGAACAACACAAAGGCUCUUUUCAGAGCCGCCCCCACAUCGGCUAAAGAGAACUGUGCCACACGCCCCUUAUUUCUACUCCCAAGUGAUAUUGUGCCUGCUGUGGUUCCAAUACGGCUCAUAGAUCCGCCCCUGUGUGGCUGCAGGGUCACCAAGCCGGUGUCAUUCACUUGAAAAAACGAACCCCCCCCCCCCAUUUAUUUUAUUUUUUUCGUUAUUUUGGCGGGCCAACGGAAAACUGUUAAGUGACGUAUGUCCAUAGUGAACCAAUGACAAAGGAGAACAGGCUGAAAUCAAGGGCAGGUGUAACGGUGUAAAAUCGCCUUUGGUCCACAGUAAAAUAACCAUAGAAAGUGAGCCGGGCAUCAAGGAGGCGCCACUUAAUGUGCUAUUGAUGGGCAAUAUUUCGUAUUACAUGGCGGGAGGGCAGCAGAAUGGGCCAGACACAGAAUUUUUCGUUGGCCGUUGUAACGGUGCAGUGACCUCCAGAAAGCGUCGCGACCAACUCCUUCUAAAUUUAGCGCAGGAAAAGGCUACGUGUCACGGGACUGAGCCGCUGCGCCGCUGCUGAUAAUGUGCGUAUGGAGAGGCCCAUUUAGAGGAGACAUUUUGUGUAUGAAAUAAAAACGUAGCGGGGCGUUAUGUACUCAUUUAGAUAUAGAAGAAUGGUGCUUGGCGGAGACUUCUAGGAUCCACGAAAAGUAGCCUAAUGUUGUAGGCAAUUGUGAGUGAUACAUGGUGUGGCUUUUACACAAUGCUAAACAUGAAUAUUCUCUUUCAAAACAGCCCCUCCAUCGGAGCUCCCGAUAGGUGUUGUUUGCUCCAGGUCUGCGUGUCAAAUGAGGGGUGGGCGUGUCCUAACGGUCCCGGCCAGAAGCCCAGUAGGAGGGGGACAGCCAAUCACAGCCCUGUAGUCAAACACAAGCACAGACAGGCUUCAGUUCCCCGUCAGGUCCUGCUAGCUGCUGAUUGGUUCCUGUCCUACAGCGCAGUGAGCUGAGAACACAGCCUGGGAAUACAGGGAGAAGGAAGUGGGAGAGAAAGGGAGUAUUAGAGUUUUUACAGAAAUAGAUCCGUUGACGCACAAAGGAAGUGCCAGUAACGUUCCUUAUCCCCUGCUUCAGUCUACCGUAA